AUGUCAACUCUUGAGAUCACUACCGCGACGGCGGGGGAUAACAUACCUGACCAAAAGAAAGAGAAGGAUACUGAUAUCCAGGAUGUCGAGAUUGGAGACGUCAGAAAGCCAGACCUCUACAGCAAGGUCUCGGUGUAUCUGACCAUGAUUUUCUCAGGUCUAGCCCUGGGCUCCGAUGCCGUCAUCGGCAACCUCGAGCUACUCUUCGCAUCACUCUACCCCGAUGCUCUAACAAGCGUAAUGCGAUCUCGUCUUUCCAAUGCCUUCCUCAUCGGAAUGAUCGUCGGCAUGAUUGGCUUUGGCGUCGUCGUAGAUCAGCUAGGCCGCAAGACAGGCGCCGUCAUGACAACUCUCAUCCUCCUUCUCGGCAUCGCACUGAGCACUGGUGCCAGCGGUUUGACGCAGACGGGGCUCAUGUGGAUGCUCGUCAUCGCGCGUGGAGUAGCUGGCGUCGGCGCCGGCGGAGAGUAUCCCGUGUCGGGCGUCGGUGCCAUGGAAGCGUCGGACGAAGCAGGUCAGUUCCGCAAGUCUCGAGGCUUCAUGUUUGCCAUGGUGGCGGAUCUUUCAGCUGGGCUGGGCUAUACCUUUGGCGCGCUCGUUCCCUUAUUGUUGCUGCUUUGUGUGCAUCAGCGAACGGAUCGCUACGAAACUGUCUGGAGAGUUGCGCUUGCUCUUGGCGCCAUUCCACCGCUUUCCAUCUUCUGGUUCCGAUUGAGGAUGAGGACAUCUACCGCCUAUCGCAAAUCCGCACUGCGACGACAGAGAACCCCGUAUGUUCUUAUCUUCAAGAAAUACUGGAGGCGCAUCGUCGGUGCUUCUCUUAGUUGGUUCCUAUAUAACUGGAUAUCGAUCCCGUUCGGCAUCUUCAGCUCAGUUAUUAUCUCGAGAGUCAAUGCAUCCAACUCACUUGUGCAGAAUCUGGGCUGGGGCGCGCUUAUCAAUAGUUUCUACCUCCCCGGUCCAUUCAUCGGCGGGUACCUGUCAGAUAAGAUUGGGAGGAGGAAGACUAUGGCGCUGGGAUAUACCCUACAGGCUGUGCUGGGCUUUGUGAUUGGAGGUGCCAAUGAGCAGAUCCAGAAAGUCUUCCCGCUUUUUGUUGUUUUGUAUGGAAUCUUUCUUACUUUGGGCGAGGUCGGUCCCGGAAGCACUGUCGUUAUCGUCGCCACGGAACCAUUUCCAACUUCGGUGCGAGGCCAUACCAUGGGCUUUAUCGCAGCCUGGUCAAAAGCAGGGGCUGCCAUAGGUACUCAGGUCUUUACUGCCAUUCUUGCGUCAUACUCGGACACCAUCAAGGGCAAUCAGGUGGUAUUCCUGAUUGGGUCAGCUUUUGCAGUUCUGGGCGCUCUGAACGCGUGGUUUGUUGUACAGGAUGGUGAGAAACAUCUUGAGAAGGAGGAUCAGAUCUGGAAGAGCUAUCUGCUUGAGAAUGGGUGGGAUGCGAGUUGGGGCGAUCACCAGACCCAAGAUCCUGCCGGGACGCUUAAAGAUGAGCUUAAGGCGACGUCUUGA